AUGGGCAGCUCCCCAAACGCCGGUAAUCUGCCGCUUCUAGACAGUGACCAUGCCGGCCCAUUUAAGCAGUCGCUGGCAAGGAUUUUGUCGACACACGUCGCAGAGUUUGCCUAUUCGGAGAUCCUCGAUGGCCUCCCAACCGAAUCGUCCUUUCUUGAAUUCCACAUUUUCAAGAGAGGAAACCCGGUCUUUGAACUGAAUCAUACCUCGCUAUGUCCUGGUGUUCUUAGAAGGACAAGGGAUUUCAGGGACACAGUUGACCCCUUAUCCUUGACAUUUCCCACCGCGGCAAUCCAUCUUUAUAACCUCGAUGAUGGCGUGCAUAAGCAUAGCUUGUACGAGGAAUGGCGAGAUUCCCACCGUACUAAGCCUCCAAGGCCUGGUGAAUUUAUCGCCCCGACCCCUUUCUACCACCGCAGCUAUCUAGCCCAUCAUCAGUACCCUGACGGGAUAGCCGAUAUCGUCGGCUAUUGGGCCGAAGCGAAGAUAUUCGGCGGUGUUGUCAUCUUUGACCGCGGCGAGUUGGGCACUGAGUGUAGGGAUGUGUUUCUGCAUCCAGCACGCUUUAAGGGCCCUCGCACCAUCUACCCGCCUACACCCAAACAAUACGAUGCCUUGAUUAGCUUUCUCUUAGGGCCAUCGGACGGCUCUGAUUGCCCGAUUCCCAUGCAUCCUACACGAGAGAACAGAUGGCGAUAUGAUCCAUGGGACUCGAUGACCCGCUACCAUAUUUUUCGCGACCGCCAUGAGCGUGAGCCAAAUGAAGUUGAUUGGCCGGAGCUUUACGACGAACAAGAAAUACUGUUGGCAAACUUCCGUGCCACUCAAGGGGAGCCCGUAGACCAGGCUGCCAUCGACGCCGCAAUGGAACGAAUGAAGCAGAUCACGCCGUCUUCUCCACUUUGGAAUAAUGGAGGGAAUAGUUGGGGGAACCAAGGUUGA